UAUGUACGUUUCUGUUCCAGGUCCUAGUGUCGGGCGCCAACCAGGCUCUGGAUUACGAGUCCGUCGUCGUGGACCCCGGGCACACUAUUCUCCCGGAUACCACCCUGAAGCCCAGCGGCGACUUCCUCUACGUCCUUUCUACGUCCAAGGUCUCCAAGAUGCGCGUGGAGCACUGCGGCUCCUUCGCCAACUGCUCAUCCUGCCUGGAGGCAAAGGACCCCUACUGCGGCUGGUGCUCCCUCGAGAAACGGUGCACGGUGCGCGACAAGUGCCAGAAGGCGGCGCACAGCUCGCCGCGCUGGCUGUCGGUCGGCUCGGGCCAGCAGUGCAUCGACUUUGAGCAGGUGCUGCCGGACCGCAUCCCCGUCAGCCAGAUGACCACGGUGCAGCUGACCAUCCGCACGCUGCCCGAGCUGCCGCCGCUCGCCAAGUACAAGUGCGUGUUCGGCGACGCCGACCCCAUCGACGCCGCCGUGACGCCGCUGGGGCUGUCGUGCCCGACGCCGGGCGUCGCCUCGCGGCCCGCCAUCCCCGAGGGCCGCGACCACGUGCUCGUGCCGCUGGCCGUGCGCUCGUCCGAGACCAACAAGGACUUCGUGUCGCGCCACUUCGCCUACUACGACUGCUCGCGCCACUCGACGUGCUCGGACUGCGUGCGCUCGCAGUGGGCGUGCUCGUGGUGCGUGUACGAGAACCGCUGCGCGCACAACACCUCGGCCUGCCAGCGCACCGUCAUCUCUGGCGAGAACAACCCGGCUCAUCUGACUCACCAUGGAGCAAAUUUCUGUCCUCGCUUCAAGGCGCCCAAGGAAAAGAUUUUGCGCCCCAACAAUGUUGCCAAAGAAAUUCUUCUUGAAGUGGAAAAUCUGCCCCAUCCUCAAGUUGGACACACAGGAUUUCAAUGCAUUGUCACUAUUGAGACUUCCAAAAUGAUGGUCCCAGCUAAAGUUGAGAGUGGCCGCUACAUUGUUUGUGACAAAACCACGUAUUCAUAUGAGGCAAAUACAGGAGAGUAUGAAGCCACAGUGAGUGUUGUGUGGAAUCGCAACCAUCAUGUUGACACUACAAGCAUAAUUCUAUACAAAUGUGAAAUCCUGGGAUCUCAUCGCGACCACCCGGACUGCUCUCUGUGUGUCACUCGGAAUGCCAAGUAUCAAUGCAGCUGGUGUGGAAACACUUGUAGUUAUUCUCAGAGCUGCCUUCACUCUGCUGCUAAUGAGUGUCCUAAGCCAAGAAUUGAUAUGAUUAAACCCCUGAGUGGACCUAUUGAAGGAGGAACCCUUGUGACGAUUGAAGGCAGCAAUUUGGGAUUAAAAGAGGAUGAUGUUCGUGGGAAAAUACGAAUUGGCACAACUCCUUGUGAACUCACUCAAUAUGAAGUAUCAGUGCGUAUUGUCUGUCGAACAGGAAGAGCAGACAGAGAACUGUCAGCUCCAGUUAUUGUUGGAAAUGAUGCUGGCUUUACAGAAUCAACUGUGAGCUUUAGUUACAAGGACAUUCAACUCACUGGCCUUCACCCACCCAUGGGCCCUCAAAGUGGUGGCACUCAGCUUGCUAUUUCUGGACAUUAUCUCAACAUUGGCAGCACUGUCCAGGCUUGGCUUGAUGAUUUGCCAUGUCAUGUCAAUGCAACACAAGCUUCAAGUUCUAGGCUAACUUGUAUCACAACAAGAGCUCUGUCAGCCAAACCUAUCCAAAGGCUUACUUUGAAGAUAGAUGGUGCUAAUAGAACUCUUGCAGGGUACCCCUUUAAUUACACCGUUGAUCCUACAAUUCUUGAAAUUAAGCCUCUUAGAAGUUUUGCAUCUGGUGGCCGGAUGAUAACUGUCCAUGGAACUAAUUUGGACACAGUUCAAAAGCCAGAAAUGGUUGUCUAUGUCGAAGGUGAUCCAAACCCUAUCAACAGAUCUGUCUGCACUGUCUUAAAUGCUGCUCAAAUGGAAUGCCCUUCUCCUCCUAUUGAUAGCAAAAUUUUAAGUGAAACACCAAGAACACGUCGCUCUACGGCUGCUCUCCCUUCAUCAUCUCCCACAGCAUCAGUUUCUUCAACAAUUUCUCUUGUUCGGCCUCAAACCGCAAGAAGAAAGCAGUUGCGCUCUCUUGUUGGAUCUAGCAACACAGGGAAAUCACCUCCUCAAAUUGACCUACAUAUUGGUUUUAUCAUGGAUGAUGUUGAAUCUGCUGUUGAACUCAACAAACACUUCCCCUCACUGCCUUCAACACUGCUGUAUGUUGAAGAUCCUAAAUUCCUCCAAUUCCCAAAGGAUAUCAAACUUUAUAAGGGUGACACACUUGUAAUUGAGGGUGAAAAUUUGAACUACGCAUCAGAUGAGUCUGAUGUGAACGUAACCAUUGGCACACGUCAGUGUAAUGUUACAUCCCUAGCUCAGACUCAGCUAGUCUGCUCUCCACCAGAUACUCAGCCUUCGGGAACAGAUGAAUCUGGAGCCCGAUCAGAUAGUGGCCUACCUUUGGUAGUCGUACGAGUUGGGAGAUCCUUACGGUUCCCUAUAGGCUACCUCAGAUAUGAAGUUAUAAAGCCAUAUGCAUUCCCUCCAGAAGCCAUAGCAGGCAUUGCUGCUGGAACAUUUUUCCUCGUCUUUCUAUUUGGCAUUGUAUUAGUUGUUUAUCGACGAAAAUCAACUCAAGCAGAAAGGGAAUACAAACGCAUUCAAAUCCAAAUGGACACUUUGGAAAGUAAUGUGCGAUCUGAAUGUAAACAAGCAUUUGUCCAGAUGUGUACAUGGGAUCCCCGUCGCAAUGGCACUUCAGACCUCACACCACAUGCUUUUGCUGAGUUGCAGACUGAUAUGACUGAUCUGACUGCUGAUCUUGUAUCAUCAGGCAUACCAAUGCUUGAUCACACCAAUUACAUACUCAAAGUUUUCUUCCCUGGUGUCAUAGACCAUCCAAUCCUUAAUGAACCGAAAGUCCGAAUGAAUGGUCCUCGUAAUAAUUACGAUGCUGCCAUGCUUCAAUUUGAACAGCUUUUAAGUAACAAAUGUUUCAUCCUCACCUUUAUUGAAACUCUAGAGGCCCAAAAAAGUUUUAACAUUCGAGACAAAGUAAAUGUUGCCUCUCUCCUAAUGGUAGUUCUUAUGAACAAAAUGGAGUAUGCAACUGAUGUUCUGAGAUCAUUGUUGUUGAGGCUUAUUGAAAAGUCUGUGGGGACAAAGCAUCCUCAGCUUAUGCUUCGUCGAACUGAGUCAGUAGUGGAGAAAAUGCUUACUAACUGGAUGGCAUUGUGUAUGUAUGGCUACCUCAAAGAUUGUGCUGGGUCUUCACUUUUCCUUCUGUACAAAGCUAUUAAGCACCAAAUUGAAAAGGGACCUGUUGAUGCUGUAAUUCAUGAUGCAAGGUACUCUCUUUCUGAGGAGAGAUUACUUCGUGAGCAAAUUGAACAUGGAACUGUUGUCAUUCAUCUUGUUCAAGAAGAUCCUCAUUAUGAGAAAAUACCUUACCAAACCUAUCAGACACUUCAUAUUGUUCAAGAUGAAGUGGAUGAUAAAAUCCAAUGUAGGGUACUGGACUGUGAUACAAUCAGCCAAGUAAAGUCAAAAAUAUUAGAUGCUUUGUAUAAAAAUACUCCAUUUUCAUUGAGACCAUCUAUUCAUGAAGUAGACUUGGAGUGGCGACAUGGAAGAGGUGGCCAUCUUACACUUCAAGAUGAAGACCUAUCUACCCAAAGUAUUGGUGGAUGGAAAAAAUUAAAUACUUUAGCACAUUACGGCGUGAAAACAUCUGCCAUAAUGUCUCUUAUUCCUAGGCAGAAUGAAAGCUUUAACAAUGCCAACUGCAAACAAGCUUGCCAUAACUGCACUGGAUACUUCAGCAAUUCUUUAUCGCCUAUCAUUCCUUGUGAUUUAGAGCAAGGAGGCAAUACAAAAGUCUUCCACCUUGUAAAACCUGUAGAUGACUCCCAUUACCUUAGUAAUUCAAAGAGUGGAACAGUUGAUCGAGAUCGGGAACGAACACACAAAGCUAUACCUGAAAUCUUCUUGACUCGGCUGUUAUCUACAAAGGGUACCAUUCAAAAGUUUGUAGAUGAUUUCUUAACUACAAUAUUGACAGCCAACGAAAUGCUACCUCCUGCUGUCAAAUGGCUGUUUGAUCUCCUUGAUGAGGCAGCAAGAAAACACAACAUCAGUGACCCUGAAGUUGUGCAUGCAUGGAAAUCAAAUAGUCUUCCCCUGAGGUUUUGGGUCAACUUCAUCAAGAACCCAGAUUUUAUCUUUGACAUCAACAAAACUCCUACUGUAGACUCGUGUUUGUCUGUGAUAGCACAAACAUUUAUGGAUGCCUGUUCAACAAGCGAGCAUCGUUUAGGAAAAGACUCACCAUCAAACAAGCUGCUUUUUGCAAAGGACAUUCCUAAUUAUCGGCAGAUGGUGGCCAGGUUUUAUUGUGAUGUGGCUGAACUGCCACAAAUUACGGACCAGGAAAUGAGCACUGCUAUGCAGCAGCUGUCAGCAACUGUAUCUCAAGCAAGUCAAUUUGACACUGUGUCAGCACUGAAGGAACUUUACAUCUAUGUCACCAAAUACAGCGACCAGAUCCUGGAUUCACUUGAUAUGGAACCGUACUGCAAAAAACUCCAUUUGGCCCACAAAUUGGAGAAUGUUUCAUGUACCUUGGAGGGAGAAGAAACCUCCACCUGCUGACAGCAAAUGUCACCUGACCUUCUGCUUGCAAAUCACUACUAAAAUUUGUUAAGUGGUUUCUAGCAGCUUACACUGUACAACCUUGCGGAUGUAACAGUGCUUGAAUUAUGCUCCCCAAAUUAUUUUAAAACCCCAGUCUUCUAUAGAGCUGAUUUUUAAAAUGCAAAGGGACUUUGUUGUUAUAUGUGUUUUGGCACAAUACUGUUAGAGACUUGUAAAUAUUUAAGUAUAUUGGAAUUUAACUUUAUAAGAGAUAUGACUGUGAUACCUGUUAUUUUGGAAGAACAAUCUUCCUUUGACAUCAUGCCAUACAUUUGGAAAAUCAGUCUCAUGGGGGGCAUUUUCAAGGUAGGUCAGGUGACACAAAAUACAAACAUUUUUAAUGUAGGAUUUUAUUUCUUUGCUUUCAACCAUUAUAUUUUGAAGAAUUAUGGAAAGAGAAUGGUCUAAAACUUAGCAUGAAAUUUUAACAAAAUCCCAUAAUUUAAUGCACUUUUCUCUGCUAUUGAUCUGAGUUUUGUGUAAAUUCAAUAUUUUAUCUCAGACACUUUUAUACCAAAUAUCUAUGUGUUAUACGAUGUGUUUUCAAGUUCUGAAAGUAAAGAAUAUGUGAAAAUAUAUUGUCCAUAGUUUUUAUUACUGUAUAUAUGUACAAAACAUCAGAACUAGAUGUAAGAAGUGUGAUAGGUGACACAGAGUUGGUUUUCUAUACUUGAUGUUCAAAAAUAGAAAAUAAAUAUGAAGUUGUUUCUUUA